CCAACCGGAUGUGCUUUCAUUUCCUUUGCCUAGCUUGCUCGCUGACGGUUUUAGUUUAACAAAAUCUCAGAUUCGGAGGAGCUACCUGUGACUAUGGAAGUUUUUUGGAAACGACUUUUAUUAAGUUUUAACCAAUUUUGGUUUAAUUUUUGAGUCAUUUUGGGGGUUUGAAGGUUAUUUUUCCCGCUUUUGUGUAGUUUUUUGGGAAAGUAAUUUCCUGUGUGUGUUUGAGGAUAAUGUAGUCGCGCGUUCGUCUUCGGUGAGGGACGGGGUACAAAGUACCACGGGAGUUCAUGUGGAGCCUGGCGGUAUUUCCUGAAGUUUUACCCCGAGAUGACUGCAGCUGCCUCCCGCGGAAAGACGACACGGACCCGCUCCCACGCUACGAGCAACAAAGAAGCUCCCAAACCCGGACAAGUUUGUUCGAAACUAGCUUAAAUUUUCUGUUUAUGGAUUUAUGGGAAACGAAGCACGCGCCAGAACGGAAUGGGAAUUGUAAAUGAGCCAAACAAAGGACACCUCCGUUGGACUUGACGCCGAGGAAAGAGGGGGAGAAAUGGGGGAAAGCUCGCGGAAGACAAAGGUCUCCGGCUUUUAAGGCGAAGUCCCCUCUAACCCACAGCCGUUUUGUGUCGUCGUCAAUGCCGCAGUGGUUUUGGUAGUCUUGCGUGAGAAUGGGGCUGCAGUUGUUGGUGUUUUCGCUGCUGCUGCUGGCCGCCUGCUGCCGCUCCACGCCGCCGCCCGCCUGCAAAUCCUCCGACGAACGCCCCAAAAGCGGUGGGAAAAGCCUGACAUCCGACGUGAGGGUGGUCUGCAGCAACAUGGAGCUCCAUCAGGUGUUGCCCCCAGACUCCUACCCAAACAGAACCGUCACUCUAAUUUUAAACAACAACAAGAUUCAAGAACUCCGAAAGGAUUCCUUCAUUGGAUUGUCAUCUUUGGAAAAAUUGGACUUGCGGAGUAACCUGAUCAGCCAUAUUGAUCCAGGCGCUUUUCUGGGCUUGUCAUCACUGAAAAAACUAGAUUUGUCCAACAACAACAUUGGUUGUCUUAAUGCAGACAUUUUCAAGGGCCUGGGCAACUUGAUCCGACUAAACCUUGCAGGAAACAAGUUCUCCUCAAUUUCUCCUGGAACUUUUGAUAACUUGGAAUCUCUAAAGUCAUUAGAGUUUCAGACUCCGUACCUGCUGUGUGACUGCAGCCUUCCAUGGCUGCUCCGCUGGAUCAAAGACCGGAACAUUUCUGUGAAGAACACCAAGUGUUCCUACCCGCAGUCCCUCCAGGGACAGCUGGUCACCUCCAUGGAGCCGGGCAUGCUCACCUGUGACGCUCCGCUGGAGCUGCCCUCCUUCCAGCUGACUCCAUCCCAGCGGCAGGUGGUCUUUCAGGGGGACAGCCUUCCUUUCCAGUGCCAGGCCUCCCGUGUUUCCAAGGACAUGCAGGUGCUGUGGUACCAGAACGGCCGCAUGGUCAAGGCCAACGCCACUCAAGGAAUCUUCAUCGAAACGCCCAUUGUGGAGAACUGCUCCCUGAUUGCGAGCGCGCUGACCAUCUCCAACAUCCAACCUGGUUUCAACGGGAGCUGGGAGUGCCGGGUCUGGACAAGCAGGGGCAACACCACCCGCACCGUCCACAUCGUGGUGCUGCCCAGUUCGGCCAAAUACUGCGCUCCUGACCGCGUUUCCAACAACAGGGGAGAGUUCAGAUGGCCCCGCACUCUGGCAGGCAUCAGGGUCGAACUUCCCUGCAACAGACUGCGCUCGAGUGCUGGCGCCCCACUGGGAGGCUCCGGCAGAGACCGACAAGCGUGGCGCUACUGUAGUCAGGAGGGCCACUGGGCAGAGGAAGACUACUCCCAGUGCCAGUUUCAGAAAGAGGCCACCAGAUUUCUGUUCGUCAUCAAUCAGAUGCCUUUAAACGACAGCAAUGUGAUGGCCAUCGCACAUCGCCUGUUCCUCUUCACUAUCGAUGCCGCCAACUUCUCAGACAAGAUGGACAUCAUCUUUAUAGCAGAGAUGAUAGAAAAGUUUGGCAGAUUUGUGGAAAAGUUUAAGGAUCUGGGGGAAGUGAUGGUUAGCUUGGCCAGCAGCUUGAUGCUGGCUGACGACAGAGUGCUGUGGACGGCGCAGCGGGAGGCCUUGGCCUGCUCUCGCAUCGUCGCCUGCCUGCAGAAGAUCGCCGUCUUCCACCUAGCUACAGCACAAGCCUUUUCCUUGACUUCCCCCAACAUUGCGCUGGAGGCCCACACCAUCAGGGCCAGCGACUGGAACGGCAUGAGCUGCAUCUUGUUCCAGAAGCGCAGCUCCGAGCACACCCCUGCUCAGUUCAUGUUCAAGUGCAACACGUCAAGCUCCUCUCCGAGCGUCAUCUACAGGAGCGCAGCAGUAGACGCUUCCCUGCAACUUCCUCAGCUCCUCUUUGCUCAGGCUGCACCGACGGACGACGCGGUCUACAAGCUCCACCUACUGGCCUUCCGUAACGGCAAGUUUUUUCCCUCCACCGGCAACUCCUCCGUGCUGGCUGAUGGAGGGAGGAAGAGGAGCGUGGCCACGCCUGUUAUCAUGGCUAAGUUAGAUGGUUCAUCCGCUCGUGCCCUGAAGAUCCCCGUUAACGUCACCCUGCGACGCUUCGCACACGGCUCAGACGCCGUAUCCGCCUGUUGGAACAUGAGCCUGGAUGGAGGUCAGGGAGGGUGGAGGAGCGGGUGCUGCCGCAUUCUGGAACAUCAGGACAAUUUUACAGCUUUAUCCUGCAACUCUCUGGGAAGCUACGGUGUUCUCAUGGACCUCAACAGGGUGGAGCCUUUCUCUCCAAGCAUAGAGCCUCUGCACCCAGUUAUCUAUGCAACAAGUGUCACUCUGCUGCUCUGCCUCGUCACUGUUAUUGUUAGUUACAUUUACCAUCACAGGUCCGUUCGAGUGAGCCGCAAGUCUUGGCACAUGUUGGUCAACCUCUGCUUCCACAUCUCACUCACCAGCGGCGUUUUUGUCGGCGGCAUCAAUCAGACACGAUACGCCAGCGUCUGCCAAGCAGUGGGCAUUUUGCUGCACUAUUCGACUCUCGCCACGGCGCUGUGGGUUGGCGUGACCGUACGCAACAUCUACAAGCAGGUGACACGCAAGGCCAAACGCUACGAAGAGCUGGACGAGCCGCCGCCACCGCCGAGGCCGAUGCUCAGGUUCUACUUGAUCGGUGGAGGCAUUCCCACUAUUGUGUGUGGGAUCACUGCAGCAGCCAACAUCAAGAACUAUGGCAGCCAGACAAACGCAGCAUAUUGCUGGAUGGCGUGGGAGCCGAGCAUCGGGGCGUUUUACGGCCCGGCGGGGUUCAUCCUCUUCGUGGACUGCAUGUACUUCCUCAGCAUCCUGCUGCAGCUGCGGCGCCACCCCGAACGCUGCUAUGAGCUGAAGGAGACCACCGAGGAGCAGCACCACCUGGCGGCGGCCAGUGACGCCGGGCCGGACGCUCCCGGCGACCACCCCUUGCAGCCUCACGAGGCGUCCGGCUCCACGGCGUCCGCCCCCCACGCCGUGCCCCUCUCGGCCCUGGAGAACGAGCAAAGCUUCGCCACCCAGCUCAUGGGCGCGGUGGGAGCGCUAGGACUGUACGCGGCGCUCUGGGUGUUUGGCGCCAUGGCGGUGUCGCAGAACUACCCCUUCGACUUGGCUUUUACCUGCCUGUUCGGGGUGGCAGCUCUGGCGCUGGGGGCCUUCAUGGUGGCGCAUCACUGCGUCAACCGACAGGACAUGAGGCGGCAUUGGUCGCAGGCCUGUUGCCCCGGAAGGCGGGCCUACACCGCCCAGGAGGACGUUCUUGUCCCUCUGCCGGGGGCGGCGAUCGCCACCACCGCAGGAUCUGACAACAAAGUCGACGGGGUGUCGACAAAGUCUGGCCACAGCAACGCAGAGUCUGCCUUUACGAACAAAAGCGCUCCGAGCGUACGUAACUCCGCCCACGGCAGCAAACUGACCAACCUGCACGCUGAGGCCGCCCAAUGCAAGUCUGCCUCUGCUCCGGCGGCCACCGGGGGCGCUCUGGACAACAGCCUGACCGAGCACUCACUGGACAACGAGAUCAAGAUGCACGUGGCGCCGGUGGAGGUGCAGUUCCGCCCCAUGAACAACAUGAACGGACACGCCGGGAGGCAUCAUAAAAACCGGGCGCGGACGCACAGAGGGAGCCGGCUGACGGUGCUGCGCGAGUACGCCUACGACGUGCCCACCAGCGUGGAGGGCAGCGUGCAGAGUGCCCCCCACAGGCGGCACCACCACUACGACAUGGCGGCGCGGAACAGCCGGCGAGCCGCCUACAUGGCCUACAGGGAGCGGCACCAGAGCCAGCUGCAGCAGGACAGCAGCGACAGCGCCAGCCUGCCGCGGCGCCCCCGCCACUCCGACAAAGGCAAAGCCGCGCUCGGGAACGGGGCGUUGGUGACCGUAGAGUCCGAACUGCUGGCGUCGAGCUCCGGUAAAGACUGCGGUCCGGUACGGCGGACCGGCAGCACAGAGCUGGAAAGCCAAACCAAGUCAUACGGACUCAACCUGGUCACUCAGAACGGCGGCGCGGUGAAAGCAAAUGAACAAGUCAUGCUUUUGAGUAACGGAGACGGUCAGAAAAACUGCUUGUGGAAACAUGAAACUACUGUGUAGCAACAGUUUCCUUCCUCACACCUUUGACACUGUGAAACUUUACAAGAUUUUUUAUUCCUGCAUAAAGUCCUUCAAAGUUGUAAUAAGCCACUGUCCUCGUAGAUGUUUUGAUUGUAUUUUUAUAACUUUUAAUCCUGUAUUCCUUCAGAGGCAUGAAAUGCCCUUGUGCUUUCCACCUUUGUGCUCUCAGCAACAAUAAAACACAUUUCAUUGA